GAAGAACACUGAAACUAUUUCUCUCCUUUCAUUGCACUUCUUCUUUUUAUUGUUUUUUAAUUAAACCAAUUAGGGCUGUCAAGGUAUACCAGUAUCUAUGAUAAUGGUGGUAUUACAAAAAAAAAGAAAAAAAUAAAUUUCAAUGUUAUGAUAAAAAUGUGCAAUUGUAAUAUCGUGUAAUGAUCCAGUGCCACCUGAAGCUAGUGUGUGGUUUAAAUCUGUUUGUUUUCAUCCGUUCUACUUUUAUUUUUAGUGUAAUUCAUCUCCCCAUAGACUAAAAACAACACAAUAAAAGUUAAAGAUGAUUUAUUUUUUUAUUUUUUACAAUUUUUAUUUCAAUUUUUGUCGAUAUCGUGAUAAUAUCGUUAUUUCUGUCCGCUAUAAUCGUGAAGUGGAAAUCUCUCUAUCGUGACAGACAUUGACCUAAGUAUACAAAACCAUCACUUCAGUCGUCGUAGAAACUCGAGUAUCGAUGCAGUUGGUGGUAUCGAUCAACACCAACAUUUUGUAUCGAUAUUGUCGAUAUUUGGAUAGAUCCGCCCACCGCUAACUAUCAGCCACAGAGGCAGAGAAGAACAAAGAUGGCGGCUCUAGGCGAACCCGAGCGGGACGCCGGGCUAACGUUUUGAGCUUUCACUCUCGAAAAAGAAACCGGAGGGGAGGGCUUCAACGAGGGAGGGGGGUGGUCAGCGCACCGUUUGAAUCCUCCCGAAUCCAGGUUCGUGGCGGUGCCGCUUCUCUAAACAAAACGCUAAAGGUUGUUCAAAAAAUUAAAAACAACAAUAAUACAGUUCGCCUAUCAUGCGAGGAAAAAGGGGCAGGCCGCCCAAACCGCUACAAACCGAGGAGCCAUCUCCAGCCGCGGCCCGGGGCUUGAGACCCAGGAGGAAUCUGAAGCCCCGGCUGAGGGACAGCGGGGAUGAGGACGCCGAGAGCCCCAUCAGGGAGACGCCGAAGGCGACCAGGAGGAGGAAGGGGGCGACGCCAGCGCGGGGCAGGGGGAGAGGGAGAGGUGGCGGCGGCGGCAGAGGAGGCAGAGGCGGCCGCGGAGGGAGGCGAACCACCGCGUCCAAAGCGGUGGUGUACGACGACCACGAGAGCGACGAGGACGAGGACGACGCCGUCAGCCUGAGGUCGGAGGAGGACGAGGAGUUCGUCGAGGAGGACCCUCAGUCCGAGGAGGAGGACGAGGCCCUCAAAGUCGACUCCGAUUGCCUCGAAGAUGAUGUGCUGGACGAAGAAGAAGAAGAGGAGGAAGAGGAGGCGGCGGCGGCGAUGGUGGAGGAGGAGGAGGAUGGUGCCAGCUGCUGCACAGAGAGUAGCUUUCGGAGUCAGAGCACACACGCCAGCACUCCGGGGAAGAGAAAAGCCCCAGCUCCCCGGCCUCGCACUCCCCUCCUCGAGGACCGGGAGAUCCCUCCUCUCGAGCUUCCCGACACCUCCGAGGAUCUCCUGGUGCCCAGCGAGGAGCUGCUGAACGCCACCUCCAUCUACGAGGUGCUGAGGACCUUCUGCACCGUGCUGCGCCUCUCUCCGUUCCGCUUCGAGGACUUCUGCGCGGCGCUGGUCGGCCAGGAGCAGUGCACCCUGAUAGCGGAGACGCACAUUUCCCUGUUGAAGGCGAUCCUGCGCGAGGAGGACUCCUCCAACACUACGUUCGGCCCCGCCGACCUCAAGGACAGCGUCAACUCCACUCUGUACUUUAUUGACGGCAUGACUUGGCCCGAGGUGUUGCGGGCGUACUGCGAGAGCGACCGGGAGUACCAGCACGUCGUGCCGUACCAGGAGGUGGACGACUAUCCCUACGGCCCCCUCGAGAGCAAGAUCAAGGUGCUGCAGUUCUUGGUGGACCAGUUCUUGACCACCAACAUCGCGCGGGAGGAGCUCAUGUCCGACGGCAGCAUGCAGUACGACGACCACUGCCGGGUGUGCCACCGCCUGGGCGACCUGCUGUGCUGCGAGACCUGCUCGGCGGUCUACCACCUGGAGUGCGUGAAGCCGCCGCUGGAGGAGGUCCCCGAGGACGAGUGGCAGUGCGAGAUCUGCGUGGCGCACAAGGUGCCCGGCGUCACGGACUGCGUGGCGGAGGCGCAGAAAAACAGGCCGUACAUCCGCCAGGAGCCCAUCGGAUACGACCGCCACCAGAGGAAAUACUGGUUCCUCAACAGAAGGAUUAUUGUAGAGGAGGACGGGGAGCACGAGAAGAAGAAGAUCUGGUACUACAGCACCAAGGCCCAGCUGGAGGAGCUGAUGGAGUGCCUGGAUAAGGAGUACUGGGAGAUGGACCUCCACGCCACCCUGGAGGAGAUGAAGGAGGAAGUGGAAGCUCACAUGGACAUCACAGAGGACCUCACCAACAGAGCCCGUGGAAACAAUAAAGCCUACCUCACUGCACUCAACGACGUGGUCACGGAGCAUUUGAAGGUCAGACGGGAGUCGAGGAGGCGAGCGGAGGAGGCGAAGCAGGGAGCAGAUCCCGAUCCCGACUCCGCCGAGGUCGCGUCCCCGCUCAACAACGGGGAGCACAGAGCGGCCGAGCCGGCGGAAGAGUCUCGCUCGCAAGCCGCCACCGAGGAGAGCUCGGACCCCGGCCUCGGCUCCGGCGGCCAGGAUGCGACCGUGCCUAAAACAGAGCCCCUCCAACCGAACAUGGAGCCACAGCAUCAGCAGCAGCAGCAGCAGCAGCCGCCGCCUGUUCAGUCUGUGAACCAGGAGAGCGAGGAGGGCCCCCCGGUGGCGAAGCAGGAAAGGACAGAUGAAGUUGGGAAAGCAGAGCCCAGCAGUGAAAACACGCACCUUAAUGACUCGAAAGCUCCGACCCAGGACGAACCUGGGCAACAGCAGCAGCAGCAGCAGCAGCACUCGUCUCAUCCGGAGGCGAAUACCGUCAGCAGCUACGUUUCUGGGUCUGGGAGCAUCAAGAAGCCGGAUCCACCGGACCUGGCGGACAGAUCGUCCCAGUCGUCUUUCACCAGUCAGGAUGGCACAGACGAGUACAACGAAAGGGUCAAGUCCGAGAAAGGACCCGGACAGGAAUCAAAUAACCAAACGUCCAAAGGCAGCAAAGAGUCGUCUCCCGUUGGCUCCGAGUCCGAUUCCUCGCGCCUCAGCUUCCUGAAGCGGGACCUGACGGUGAAUCUGAACAACCUGUUCAAACUGGGCCAGGAGGGCAAGUACAGGGUGUACCACAACCAGUACAGCACCAACGUCCUGGCGCUCAACAAGCACCAGCACCGCGAGGACCACGACAAGAGGCGCCACCUCUCCCACAAGUUCAGCCUCACCACGGCCGCCGAGUUCAAGUGGAACGGCUCCAUCUACGGUUCGCGAAGCCUGACCAUCUCCACCCUGCGCCUCACCAUCAUCCAGCUGGAGACCAACGUCCCGGGACCGUUCAUGCAUCCAAACUGGGCGUCUCACAGGACCAACUGGAACAAAGCGGUGCAGAUGUGCAGCAAGGCCAGAGAGUUCGCUUUAGCCCUGGGUAUCCUGGAGUGUGCCAUCAAACCAGUGGUCAUGCUACCGGUGUGGAAAGAUUCCCUCGGACACACCAGGCUACAUCGCAUGACUUCCAUGGAGCGGGAGGACAAGGAGAAGGUGAAAAAGCGUGAGAAAAAACUGGAGGACGAGGAGACGCUGCAGCAGGCCACUUGGGUGAAGUACACCAUCCCCAUCAAACACCAGGUGUGGAAGCAGAAGGGGGAGGAGUACAGAGUGACGGGUUACGGAGGUUGGAGUUGGGUCAGUAAAACCCGCGUGCCGCGGUUCCUUCCAAAGCUACCAGGAAACACAAACGUAAACUACCGCAAAGAACUGGAGGCAGCUAAAGUGAAAAUGGAGAAUGCAGCAGCUUGCACAACUAAGUCGAAACCAGAAACUGAGAAGCAAAUGCCUCAAAACCCAGAAGAGACGGAACAAGCAUCUGACGCUGCGUCGUCUCAGAGCCCUUCUUUAGAGGACGACUGCAAACCUGAGACUUCCGAAGAGGAAGAAAAACCUGCGAAAGAGGAUCAGGGAAAAAGCGUAGACGAAGAGAAGACGGAAGAUGAAAAGAUGGAGCUCGACCCUUGCCCCAAUGAUGCUGCUUUAACCGACAAGAAAGAUGAAGCUGAAAACAAAGCGCCCUCUUCGCCUCCUGUGCAUCCAACCGAGACGAUCGAAGAACCCAAGAAGGUGGACGACGCGAUGUCGAAACUCUUCUCGGAUGUCGUGAACGUCAGCGAGGGCUUCCAGCUGCGGACCGUUUACAAGAAGAAGGUAAAGCCGUCCAAACUGGAUGGGCUCCUGGAGCGCCGGGUGAAACAGUUCACGUUGGAGGAGAAGCAGCGACUAGAGCGGAUGAAACAGGCACAUUUGUUGUCCAAAAUGGCGGCCGCAAAGUCCACUCCUGGGGUUAAGACGGAAGAAUCUGCAUCGAGCAAACUGCAGUCGGGUUUGACGCCGAGUGUCAAAGAAGAAGUGGUGAAGGACAGCGUGGUUAAGAAGCUUGACUUUGAGCAGGAGCAGAUAAAAACUGACAACUCGGAUGUCAAAUCAGACGCCGCCACGGAGCCUAGCAAUAGUAAAGAGAAGGAGGUAAACGCAGUGCAUGGGAACGGAGGGGAGGCCUGUUCUCACAAAGAAGUGAACGGAGAACCCUUGGCAAGCACCGACCUCAAUAAUAAAAACAACUGCGUGUCAGAGGCAACCGAAAACAGCGAACAGAAGCAAGAGGUGGCUCGAGUGGGAGACAAUCCCAAGAAACGAGGGUAUGAAGAGAUGGAGCAAGGCACCGGACAGAGCGCGGAGGUCUCCCCGAGCAAGACCGGUCCGUUGCAGGUCAAUGGAAAAACAGCAGUUGACGCGCCGGCAGAACCAAACGCCGACAACUCGGACCUGACGAGUCGAGUCCAAGUUGAUGUCAAAGAGCCUGUUAAGUCUCUGAUGAACGGAAACAUCUCGCAAAAUGACGUGUCCAACAUGGGUCACCCACCUCCACUGAAAGUCCCAAAGCUGGAGAACCAUAUUGGAGAUAGGGAGCUUCAAACCUCAAGCACUUCAAUCAAUUGCACUACUAACGAAGAUUUAAAGACUUCAAUCGCUGCCGACAUCUCCACGAAAGAGUCUCAAAAUGCUGCUGAAGCAUCUAUUAGUAAGCCAGCAAGUAGCAGCGGUUCCUCCACCCAGCCCAACUCGGGAGCGGUUGUGCCUCAGAAGACGAAACCUCCCAUUGCCGACACUAAAUCGGGCGCCGCCGGUUCCACAGCGACCAACUCCAUGACAAUUAGCAAAGAGUAUUCCACCAGAGACCGGGUCAGCCUGCUCAGGUUCUCUAAAUCCAAGAAGGCGCGGUCUGGCACCGCCCUCCCGUCCUAUCGCAAAUUUGUCACCAAGAGCAGCAAGAAGAGCAUCUUUGUCCUCCCGAAUGACGACCUGAAGAGGAUGGCAAGGAAGGCGGGCAUCAGAGAGGUUCCCAUCUUCAACUACAACGCCAAGCCGGCCCUGGAUAUCUGGCCGUACCCUUCACCUCGGCCCACCUUUGCGAUCACGUGGAGGUACCGUCUCCAGACUGUGAGGUCGCUGGCUGGGGUCAGUUUGAUGCUAAGGCUGCUGUGGGCCUGCCUACGAUGGGACGACAUGGCCGUGAAACCCUCCGCUGCCGUAGGGACGACUCGGAAAGAAACUACGGACACAGACAUCACCACGACAGAGAUUAUAAAACGAAGAGACGUGGGGCCGUACGGCAUCCGAUCGGAGUACUGCAUUAGGAAGAUUAUCUGCCCUCUCGGAAACAGAGACACUCCCAAAGAAACCCCAACUCCACAGAGGAAAGGCCUGCGCUCAAGUGCCUUGAGGCCGAAGAAGCAGGAACCAGCCAAACUGACUGGACCCAUCGCUGUGGAGACGUGGGUGGCUGAAGAGGAACUGGAGCUGUGGGAGAUCAGAGCCUUUGCAGAGAGAGUGGAGAGGGAGAAGUCUCAAGGUAUAGAUCCCUCCAAGACUGGCAGUACUCUAAAGACGGCAGAGGAAGUGAAGGCCCAUCUGGAGAAUCAGCUAAAGCAGGCCAGACUGGCCGCACAGCAGAAACGUUUUGAGCAGCAGAGGCCGAUUACGACCGCCACCACGUCCACAACGACCGCCGCCGCCACCUCCUCCACCAACUCCCCCAGCACCCCGCUGUCCACAGGCCAGAGGGCAGGUCAAGUAACACCCGGAACCAAGAUGGUCCUGGCCUCCAAACUGGGCUCUCCGGUUUCGUUCCAGCAGGACAAGAACUUCCACCAGUCCUUUGCAACCUGGGUGAAGCAGGGUCAGACCAACAACGGUUCAGCCUCCACUGUGGCUAGCAGCGUCACCACCUCAGAGCAAACCUUCCAGAUCGCUGGCAGCCCAGUGACUGUGGCUGGCCAGGUCCUCGCCGCCAAGCUACCGCUGCCCGCUAACAGCAAGAUUGUCACGCUCAACAUGCCCACUACUCAAGGAGGUGUAGUCCAACAAAAAGUCUUGGGCAUCUUCCCCUCUGGACCUCCUGCGAAUCUUAGGACGUACAGCACAUUGCACCCCACGACCGGAAACAUCAACCUCAGAGCCACAACCUCUGCCUCAACUACUCAGCAACAGGCCUCCACACCAGGAGUCCAAGCACAGCCUGGAACGACGAUUAACCAGUCUCCAAAUGCAUCUACCUCUGUGGUUAGAAGUUCAACAGUGGCUCCUCAAGGCCAAGUUCAGCAGACUGCCACCCAGGUGGUGCGUGGCCAGCCUGCAGCCACAGCUGCACCUCGUUCCACGCCUGUGCAGAGAGCGGCAGGUCCUGCACCGACCACUCAGCCUCCGGUAGCUUCCCCUCAGACACCAAGACCACAGCAGGGUCAGGUCAAACUCACCAUGGCACAGCUCAUGCAGCUAACACAGGGUGCACAGGGAGGAAAUCCAGGUCUGACGGUGGUGAUCCAGGGUCAAGGCCAGACCCAGGGACAGCUGCAAAUCAUCCCACAGGGUGUAACAGUAAUCCCUGGUCCGGGGCAGCAGUUGAUGCAGGCAGCCAUGCCCAACGGCCAGGUCCAGCGCUUCCUCUUCACUCCUGUGCCCCCAUCCUCAUCUGCAACAUCAACUACAGCCCCUGCAGCUGCGAGCCCGGCAAAACCCGCCACAGCCCAGAUCCCUCAAACCCAAAUGCCAGCUCAAGUGAGAAGCAUCGCGCAGGUCCAGACGACUCCAUCAUCUUUUGCCCAAACGCAGAUGACGGCCCCGGUCCCGGCCCCAACGCAUGUUGCAACCCCAACACAAAUGCCAAGUUUAGCCCCAGCGCCAGUCACAGCACCCGUGUCUGCUCCACCACAUUCCCAGCCCUCAUUGCAAACACAAGUUUUACCCUCUACCACAUCGUCCCUCCCUGCACAGAUAUCCACUCCUGUGUCUGCUUGGCAACAAGCUACAGCACAGACCUCCACCCAGGUUUUAUCCUCCGUUGCUACACAACCCCAAACGUUAAACUCUGUUCCUGCCCCGGCUCAGACCCAAGUUCACUUUGCUGCCCAAACACAAGUCUCUGCCGUCACACAGUGUACUCUCCCCACUCAAACCCAAACUUUAGGUUCCCUUCCUGCCCCAGGACAAGUUGUAACCCAAUCCCAAAUCCCGGCACAAGCCCUAAACCCUGCCCCAGGCUUAACCUCAACCCUGGUCCAGAUGCGUGUUCCUGCCCCGGCUUCAUCCCCUCUAUCAGUCAGGACCCAAGUUGCCGAUACAGGGGCACCCGCUGUAACGAACGUGGCCCAGAUCCCAGGUUCUGCCUCUCUUCCCUCACCAGUCCAAGUCCCAACCCCUGCUCUAGCGCCCGUCUCAGCCCCUGUCAUGGCGGUUGUAUCGACCCAGAUCGCUGUCCCAUCCCCAGCCAGGGCUUUAACCCAAAUACAAGCUGCGGCUCCGUUUCCGCUUCAUGCUGCCGUGGCAAAUGCCGUCGUCACACCGGUCACAGCCACCUCUACUACGCCUUCAGUGCCAGCCCUGACGGAGCAGAGGGCAGCUCAGACUCCAGUUCAGCCGGCUCAGCAAGCUGCAGCUCCGGUUCAGCCUCCGACGUUGGCAACUGUAGCCUCCUCUGCCCCCACAUUGAUCUCCACGCUCUCCCCCGUUACCCCUUUGCCUCAAGCUUCUCUGACCCCUCAGUCUCAAGCACAAGUCCCGCACCCUGCCGUUGUCUCCAUGCAGCAAAUGUCUCAAAUUCCAGUCUCGGCGGUGCAAGUUCACAUGAAAGGAUUGCCAGUGUCCUCCGUUGUGACCACCGUGAGACCCACGCAGCCUCCACUCCAGCCCCAAACUCAGCUUCAACCCCAGGCCCAGAUCCGUGCACAGGUCCAAGUCCAGCCCUGUGCACAAGUCCAACAAAUGCCACAUGUUCAGACUCAAGCGCAUCUUCAAGCACAAGGUCAGAUUCACCCCCAAGUCCGAGUUCAGUUCCAGCCUCAAACUCCCCCAACCCAGAUUCAACCUCAGGUGCAGUUUCAGUCCCCAACCAAGACCUUGCCCCAGCCCCAGCUCCAGCCAAGGAUCCAGCCUCAGUACCAGCACCAGCUACAAGCUUCAUUUCAAGCGCAGCCGCAAACUCAGCAACAGCUUCAGGUCCAAGCUCAACCCCAAGUCCAAGCGAAGCUCCAAGUCCAGUUCCAGCCUCAGAACCAAACUCAAGUUCAAACGCAACCUCAGCUUCAGGUCCAGUCUCCAAUCAGGCAACUCAUCACCGUUCCAGGCCUCCAGCAGCCGGUCCAGCUGCUCUCAGCGCUCCCGCCCCACGUUGCGGCGCAGAUCCAAGCGCAGAUCCAGGCGCAGCAGCAGCAGCAGGGCGGCGCUGUUCCCCAGCAGAUCAAGCUGCAGCUACCGAUCCAGAUCCAGCAGACGGGGGGGCAACAUCAGGCCCACCAGAUCCAGAACAUGGUCACCAUACAGGCGCCAGCAAGCGUCCAGGAGCAGCUUCAGAGGAUUCAGCAGCAGCAGCAGCAGCAGCAACUACAGCAACAACAACCAAAGAAGAAGAAACACCACGAGGCCAAAAAGGAGCAGAAAGAGCAGGUGGUUAGUCCUGGAGACGGCGUCCAGAAACAGGUGUUCGUGAAACCGAAUUCAUCAUCGGAACAACUGAAACAGAGGAAGAGUUUGGCUGCAGCUGAGCGAGAGGAGAACCAGAGAAUGAUCGUGUGCAACCAGGUGAUGAAGUUCAUCCUGGACAAGAUUGAGAAGGACGAGAAGCAGGCGGCGAAGAAGAGGAAGAAGGAGGAGGUGGUGGAGCAGAAACGCUCCAAGCAGAACGCGACCAAGCUGACAGCGCUGCUCUACAAGCACAAGGAACAGCUGAAGGCCGAAAUCCUCAAGAAGAGGGCUCUGCUGGACAAGGAGCUGCAGCUGCAAGUGCAGGAGGAGCUGAGGCGAGACAUCGUCAGGCUGCAGAGAGAAAAGGAGAAAGCCAGAGCUGCUAUCGCCCAAGCCGCCGCCGCCACCGUCAAGGCCGCCGCCGCCACCGUCAAGGCCGCCGCCGCCUCCCACUCCUCACACUCCGCCCACCUCCCUCCCCCCUCACAUUCCUCCCACGGCAGCCACGCCGCCACCACCUCGGCGCCCCCGUCCCACAAACGCAAGAGGGAAGACGAGAGGGACAAAGACAGGAACCGGGACCGGGACAGGCACCACGAUAAGGAUAAGAAACGGGACCGGGACAAGGACAAGGACAGAGACCGGCACCGGGACAGAGAUAAAGAUAAAGACAGAGAGCGGGAACGGGAGAGGGAGAGGGAGAGGGACAGAGAGCGGGACAAACACCGGGACAGGGACAGAGAUAAGGACAAGGUCAGAGACGGGGAAAGAGAAAAGGACAGAGACUCACUAAAACACAAGAAGAAGAAGAAGCUGUCUUCUACCUCAAAGGAUCACAAGAAGGACACCAAACUGUACUGUAUCUGUAAAACGCCCUACGACGAGUCCAAGUUUUACAUCGGGUGUGACCUCUGCUCCAACUGGUUCCACGGAGCCUGUGUGGGCAUCACAGAGAAGGAGGCCAAGAAGCUGGAGGACUUCGUCUGCAACGACUGUAAACGAGGACAGGAGGGAGGAGCCAACGAGGAGCUGUACUGUAUCUGUAGGACGCCCUACGACGAGUCACAGUUCUACAUCGGCUGCGACCGCUGUCAGAACUGGUACCACGGGCGCUGCGUGGGGAUCCUGCAGAGCGAGGCGAACCACAUCGACGUGUACGUGUGUCCGCAGUGUCAGUCGACGGAAGACGCCAUGACGGUGCUCACGCCGCUAACGGACAAAGACUACGAAGGCUUGAAGAGAAUACUGCGCUCGUUACAGUCUCAUAAGAUGGCAUGGCCUUUCCUCGAACCGGUGGAUCCCCACGACGCUCCUGAUUACUACCGUGUCAUCAAGGAGCCCAUGGAUUUCUUGACGAUGGAAACCCGCCUGCACAAGCGACACUACCACAAGCUCACCGAGUUCGUGGCGGACGUGACCAAAAUCUUCGACAACUGCCGCUACUACAACCCCAACGACACGCCCUUCUUUCACUGCGCCGAGGUGCUCGAGGCCUUCUUCGUCCAGAAGCUCAAGGGUUUCAAAGCGAGCAGAUUGUCAGAUUCUUAAGUGGGGCCAGUCUAGCUGGAGUCUGGACUGGGAGAUAAUGACAUAAAACAAACUUUUAUGUUUCCAAAACCACAAAGAAAGAAAAAGUAAAAAAACACCAAAUGUGCUUUCAUGUAAAAAAACAAAACAAAAAAAACAAAACAAAAAAAACUUUCAGGAACCAGUUGUGAUCACAGUUUUCAUUUAACAGCAGCCACCUCGUUAUUUCCUUCUCAUCCCAAAUCGGGGCCUUUCUGUGAACAAUCACUCAACUCUAGCUUUUAGGUUGUGUUUCGGUAGAGUUUUAAAAUCUGUAUUUAUUUCUGUUCCACGCCCGAAGUUCACUGAGGAGAUAAAGCUGCACAUUUUAUUAUAGAGAAAUAUUUAUGAGAUGUUUUUGUUUCCCUCUUCAUGAGUUUGACUUGGCUGGCUGUUAAAGGUCUUGAAUGUACAUAACAUUUUCUUUUUUUUUUAUUAUUAUUAUUACCAUCAUGUACAGUUGAUGUAAGAUGAAUCUGUUUUAAUAAUAAUAAUGAUAAUAAUAAAAAACAUUUAAGAUAGUAUUAUUUUAUGAGACUAAAAUCUUUUCCUUACUUCCCAGAGUAGUUUGUAGGACGUCUCUUCACUAAUAAAAAAGGGGUUCAUUAAACCACCGCGGCUGCAGGAUCCUUCACUGUGUCCAUCUACGGCAGUAAACUCUUCCCCUCUCUCCACAUCCUGUAGGUCUCAUAACAACAAGCUUCAGCCUCCUCCUCCUCCUCCUCCUCCUUCUUCUUCUUCUUCUUCUUCUACUUCUUCUUCUUCGGCCUCUUAGAAAGCGCCGCAGGUUGCGCAGAUUUAAAAGGAAAAAAAAAAUGAGGAAAAAAAAAAACAAAAUGCACUUGCCAAGAAUAUGGCUUCUUUUUCUGAACUGUUGACUGUGUGACGGACUCAUGCCUCCUCCUCCUCGGCCUCCUUCUCCUCCUCCUCCUCCUCCUCCUCCUCCACGGCCUCUGGAAGCUGCAACCACCUCUUUUCCACCUUUUCCAGGUGUUAAGGGACCUUUUCUGGACAUCGGUGGGACUUCGUAACGCGAGGAGCGAGAAAACACCGGAGGCGUUUCAGAGAAAAAAGAAAGUUUACCUCGGAGAAAAGACUCUCACGUUUCCAUGUCUUUUUAUUAUUUUGUUUCCUACCUCCCCUUCCCCUCCCCGUCGUCUCUCCUCAGGCCGUCCUCGUGUCCAGAUAUACAGUACAUUAGACCGGCUGAGUUUUACUGAGCGUAAUGUAUCAAGAGUUUUGUGUCUGAAUUCAGAUAUAUCGCAGUGGAACGAUGUUUUUCGCCCAUUUCCACUCAUUGUUUCGUCUGAAGUGGCAUGAAAGACCAUUUAAGUACUAAAGUACUAACUAUCCGCUUGGUUAAACUCCUAUAACGCUGGUGUUAAGCUAUUGUAAAUGAAUUGCUUUGCAGUAGUGACUGACUGAGAAGGAUGUAUUUGAAGGUUCCUGCCCUGUUUGUUAAAAAACAACAAAAAAAAACUACAAAAAAAACUACAAAAAAAAAAGAAACUCAUCUGAUUUUUGACUUUAUUUCUUUUUCUUUCUUUUUUUGUAUUACAGCUGAAGAAAUAUUGAUGUAUAUGGAACUUAAUACAAUUGAAAACACUGA